CACGAACAAAGGGCCGUUGCCGGGGCAACCGGUCCCUCUUGGCAACCAGCUGGACGGAGGAGAGGAGGAUGGAUGGAUGGAUGGACGGAGGGGUGGCUUCUCCUUUGAAAUCUGUCUGGGAAAUGUUUGGCGAAUGUGUGGAAGGCCUGGGCGACCACGAGGCUCUGCUGCUCCACUCCUGCCGCCAGUGGACCACGGUCACAGCCCACAGUCUGGAGGAGGGACACUACGUGGUGGGACCCAAGAUCGACAUCCCCCUCCAGUUCCCAGGGAAGUUCAAGCUGCUGGACCAGGACCGGGACGUGCGGGAGCCGGUGCAGUUCUUCAGCAGCGUGGAGGAGGUGGCCGGCACCUUCCCCGACCGCGUCUUCGUCCUGGAGGCCAUCACCUUCAGCGUCAAGGUAGUCUCAGGUGAGUUCAGCGAGGACAGCGAGGUCUACAACUUCUCCCUCCAUGCUGGGGACGAGCUGACACUCAUGGGUCAGGCGGAGAUUCUGUGCGCCAAGGCCCCCAAGGAGAAGUCCCGCCUCAACACCCUGCUGCGGAAGUUGGGCAAAGCCGGAGGGAGUGCCGGUGGCCUCAUCAGCGGAGGAGGAGGAGGCCCCGUCGAGGGGGUUAGCGGCGCCGGGCUCAAGACCCCGAAGGGCAAGAUGCCCUGCCUGAUCUGCAUGAACCACCGGACCAACGAGAGCCUCAGCCUGCCCUUCCAGUGCAAGGGCCGCUUCAGCACCCGCUCGCCCCAGGAGCUGCAGAUGCAGGAAGGGGAGCACACCGUGCGCAGCAUCAUCGAGAAGGUGCGUCUCCCGGUGAAUGUGACGGUGCCGAGCCGCCCGCCGCGCAACCGCUACGACCUGCACUGCAUCCGCGAGGGCCACUGCUACAAGCUGGUCAGCAUCAUCUCCAAGACGGUGGUGCUGGGCUGCGCGGUGCGGGAGGCGGAGGUGUCGCCCUUCCACCUGCUGCUCCUGGCCGACGUGCCGCGCUUCCUGCUGCCGGAGGGGCUGUCGCUGCCUGGUGGGCUGCCGGACCCCCCGCUGGAGAGGCUCCUCCGCGACUGCGCCGCUUUGUGCCAGGAGCGCUUUGAUCCCAACGAGUACUCCCGGGCCGUGCGCGAGGCCAAGCCGGACCUGUCCGAGGAGAGUGUCGCCAGCCCACGGCGCCUGCGGCUGUGCCUCCAGGGCCGCUCCGCCCGUGACCAAGUGGCCCACUCCUUCCAGCGUCUCUCUCUUUGCCUCUACAGUGCCGGCACUGUCACCGCCGCAUCCUCCUCCUCCUGCUCAGCCUCCUCUGAGAGUUCCGGCCAAGACCCGGGCCCCCCUGUGGGAGGCAGAAGGGUCCCCCGGCGCCUUGUCCUGCCCCCCACUUUCCGCUCGCAGGAGCCCCCCGAGAGGGAAGAGUACCUGGCCCCCGACUGGGCUCCGACCCCUCUCCGACCCCCCUACGAGCGGCCCUACGAGGAGCUCUGGUCUGGGCAGAACUACGCUGAGGCCCCCAGUGGGAGGCCAGCGCCGUGGGCAGAGGACCGGGCCCAGGCCGACAAGGUCCACGACCUCAAGACCUUCGCCGGAUCUACCCCCCUGGAUGCCCCACCCCCCGUGCCCCCCAAGUCAGAGGCGGUUCGGGAGGAAUGCCGCCUGCUUGUGGCUCCACCGGUGCCGCCCAGAGGGUCCCUUGCGCCCCCCGGCUCCAGCCCCCCACCCACAGUGCGAUUCCCCAAAGCCCAGGCCGGCCCUUUGCUCGCCUCUGGCCUCUCGUACUACUCUUCCGGCCUCCACGACGACGCGCCUGUUCCCCGGAGCGGGAGCUGCUCCCCUUCCCCGGACGCUUACUCCCUCUACUGCUACCCCUGCACUUGGGGUGACUGCAAAGUCGGGGAGACCCCCAACCGGUCGAUGCUGUGCAACCCACCGGCUCAGCCCCGUUCCCCUCCGCCGCCGGCCCCCCCAGCGGCGUCCAUCACGGGACCUUCGUGGCCGGACCCUUGGCCUUAUAGUGACCCGGGCAGAUCCACCCCAUUGCUGGAUCCUGUCCAGAGCUGCCAGAGCUGCCCCCUCCUCAAGGGACCCCCUCCCCAGAAGCGCUUUGCCCCCUUCGGGGCCUUGAACCCCUUCUCCAGCCCAGCUUCUUCCUCCUCCUCCGACUGGCCGGAACCCCUGGAAUGGACCCGGCCCCCUUCCCCUGAACCCUUUGAGCCCUUUGGGGGGACCCCUUCCCCGCCUCCCCGUGCCGCCCCGGCCUUUGAGCCACCACCUCCUGAGGCCACGGCCGCCUGGACACUGGGGUGCGAGGGGCCUGCGGGGCGGCUCUUCCUGACGGAGGUGCCCCCGACAUCCGCCCGGCCCAACUCCCGGCCCAACGGGGACGGUUCCCCCUGGCAGCCCCCCGGUGACCUCUCCUCCCUCUCGCUGGAGGGCGUCUCCCAGUGCCUGCGCUUCAUCGGACUCUCGGAGGAGCUGGCCGGGCGCUUUGCCCGCGAGCGCAUCGAUGGCAGCAUCUUCGUCCAGCUGACCGAGGAGAUCCUCUCCGAAGACUUCCGGUUGACCAAGCUCCAGGUCAAGAAGGUCAUGCAGUUCAUCAAGGGCUGGCGGCCCAAGAUUUAAGCGUGGAAAGGUGGUCCGAAAAUCGGACUCGGAAAGAUGAAAGGGACAUCUUGACCCCAAACCCAAUGAAAAGAUGGCACUUGGAGGGCAGAGGAGGGGUCCUUGUUGGUGGUUCUCAUGGUGGCCAAAGGGCCACAGGAGGAGUUGGGCGAAGGGGCUGCAAUUGGGCCUCCUCUUCCUUCUCCAGCAUUUGGAGGAAGGAGGGUCCUCUCUGAAGACUUCCGGCAGACCAAGCUCCAGAUCAAGAAGCUCAUGCAGUUCAUCAAGGAGUGGUAGACCAAGAUUUAAGCUUAGAAGGGUGGUCAGAAAAGCAGACUCUAAAAGAUGAAAGGGACAUCUUGACCCCAAACCCAAUGAAAAGAUGGCACUUGGA